AUGAACGGUCGCAAUGCGCCCUUGUCACCUGUCUCUUUAGGUGGAAGCGAGUGGUCCGUUGGCAAAUACCCAAACAACGACGAUCCGUACGCAAAUAAUCGCGGCAACAUCAUUUCGCCCCCAAACUCCGGAGGCUCCAACGGGGCAAUGAAUGGCGCUUUCCCCCCCGGCCCUCGAAGCGCCGGUGGCCCUUCGCCGCCGCCGUCUGUCGGCCGAUCCAGCAAUGGCACAAACUUGUAUGCGAGGAGUGAGAGCGGUAGAAGCAUCCGCGAGGAGCAGGCAGAAGGCAUACUCGGCGAACACUAUGUCGCUCUGAAGAACUAUCUGAAUGGUGGGCAAGGAGGAAAGCCGACACCCCCGAACAAGGCACGCGACAAGUUGCUGCGCCUGUCGUCUGUUCAGUUUCUCGAACUGAGUACAGAUGUCUUCGACGAGUUGCUGCGAAGGCAAUCCCUUGGUCGCCGACCUUCGGGCCCCGGCGCCCCGGGUCCUCCCCCUUACCUACUACCCGAAUCCAAUUUCCAUCCGAAACGCAACCAGGCGAGGCAAAAAUUGUCCUCUCUUGGGCCACCCCGAUUCCGUGAUCUCGCGACCGACGUCUUCUGCGAAUUGGAGAGGAGGUUUCCCCGCUUUGCGGCUGGAGAUAUCCCCAGAGUGGGUAGCCCCGUAUCGGUCCGCUCACAGGCGACAAUCAAUGGAAAUGGCUACCCGCCUAGGAGUCAGAGUCGGAUGCGGCGACCUUCCGAUGCCAGCUCAAUGAGGGGAGGGCCACCGCCGCCCGAUCCCUACGGUGUGCCGCCUUCGCCAGGUAUGCCACCCAAUGGCGAGUAUAACCGUCCGAUGCAGAAGCAGUUCCAGAGCAACACAAUCGUACCGAACAAGAGCACAAUGGUGGAAGAGGACGACGAUGGCAGUCCCAAUGAAGAUGACGGUGAAGCGUUUGGCCUCGAACGAACUGCCACGAAUCGUAGUAAGAGAAGUGAGGUUACGGAGCGGAGCGCGGUGGCAUCAGAGGCCGACAAAAAGCUAUUAGACGAGUACCAGGCCCAAGUUCGUGAACUGCGGGAAAAGCUGGAUGUCAUGGAGGAUGCGAUGAAGAAAAAGGACGACGAACUGAACAGCGUUCUCGACGGGGAGAGAUCUCGAUCAACAGCCGCCAACAUGGAGAAGAAAGAGCUCGCCGACCUCCGGCUGAACCUGGAGAGCAAACUCGCCGAGGCUCAGGACCUGAACGCCUCCCUAAAGCAAGAACUGGAUCGCAUGAGAGACGACCACGCCAACGAAUCCCGACAAUUAAGAGAACAAGUCGAUGAACUGCGGCAGUCCAGUGCGGCCGCUGCUACUAUGAACUCUGGCAAUGCGGACCAGGAACUGCAAAAGGAAAACCAGCAACUUCGCGCGUCUCUGCAAGAGCAACAACAGGUGACGGAAGAGGCUCGGCGCGAAGCUCGGGAGUUCCUACGGGAGAUGAAGAUACUCUCGCAACAGAGUGGCUCGACCUGGCAGAAGCAGGAAGAGCUGGAGAAGACGAUCGAGCAACUCGAAUCAGAAGUUCGCGAGUGGCGGAACCGAUACGCGCGGACCAAGACGCAGCUUCGCAACAUGCGCGCUUCCUCUCUGGGGUUGACUAUUGAGCAGGACGCGGCUAAAUACGUCCGAGAGAAGGGAUUUACCCAAGAAAACGGCGCGGUUAAGGACGUUCACGUCACGAAAUUCCAGAUCGCUAUCGACGAGCUACUCCAACGCGCCCGAACGGAAGACCCUAACACAGUCAUUGAUGCUAUGAAGCAAGUUGUUGUCAGCGUUCGCCGUAUUACUAAGGAUAUCGACACGGCGGCAGCUGGCAACGAGGAGCUCCUCCAACAGCGCUCGAAGCUCAAGGGCAAGGUUUCCUCCACCGCCAACCACCUCAUCACAACAUCCAAGAACUUUGCUUCGUCAGCCGGCAUCACACCAGUAUCCUUGCUCGACGCCGCUGCCACUCAUCUCGUCGCAGCGGUUGUCGACAUCCUUCGGGUUGCGAAGAUCCGGUCCACGCCCGCUGAGGAGCUCGAGGAGGAUGACGACGGUACAGACUGCUUCGAGACAGGAGUCGAUAAUUCAGGAAUCGUUACCGGCGGCGGCGCCAUUCCGGGGCCUGGGCGGUGGCAGGACUAG